AUGUUCUUCCUUUCUCUAAGUCUAGCACUGGUGCAUUCUCUAUCCGUUUCUGCUACUGUGUAUGAUGUUCAGGUCGGCGGAGCCGGCGGAACGCUAGUUUAUGACCCGGAAGCCAUCUCUGCCCAACCAGGCGAUCAAGUCGUGUUCCAUUUCAAUCCAAAGAAUCACACAGUCACCCAGUCAUCAUUUGCUGAUCCAUGUGGACCUAAGGAAGGCGGUCUCGAUUCUGGUUUUAUACCGGUCGCUGCCAAUACCACUGACAGUCUUCCGACAUGGACAAUGACUGUGAAUGAUACUCAACCUAUAUGGGUGUACUGCAAGCAAGGGGCAAAGACACCUGCGAGUCAUUGUGGCCAGGGGAUGGUUUUCGCUGUUAAUUGCGGUCUUGAUGGCUCCCCCAACUCUUUUUCCAAUUUCAAGAGUGCCGCGUUGGCCGUUGGUGCUAGUCUAAGUGCGGCAGCGGCAGCGGCCUCUACAGCAGCUCCUUCCGAAGCCACCGCGUCAACGACCGCUGCCUACGGUGGUGUCACCAUCCCCCCUGCACCCGUACCCACAUUGGUGACCGAGACCAUUACCUUGCAGUCAUCGACAUGGACAACAACGUACUCGUCGUAUCCGGGCGCGCCUGCAGCUACUCCCUCUUCCCUGGGGGGCAAUGUCAUCAAGGUCGCUGUUGGUAGUUCUAACCAGUUGGUGUUCGAUCCUCCGAGAAUUUCUGCUCAACCUCGUGAUAUUAUCAUGUUUGAAUUCCAAUCAAAAAACCACACUGUGACUCAGUCUUCCUUCGCUGAUCCUUGUCGCCAACUGAAUGCUAAUGGAACGAUCGGAUUCGAUUCGGGUUUCCACAACGUCUCCGAUCCUACCAAUCUUCCGACGUUCAAUGUCACCGUGAACGACACAGCACCUAUCUGGGUUUAUUGCCGUCAGAAGACUCCCAUGAGCCACUGUGGAGCUGGAAUGGUUUUCGCGAUCAAUUCAGACGAACAAUCACAGCGCAACUUCAGCGCGUUCCAGAGUCUUGCUAAGGAAUUCAAUGGCACAGCAGCUACGAGUUCAAGUAGUAGCAGUGCUGCAGGAGAGUCCCAGACGUCGACCAGUGCACCAGCUAGUGGCGGCGCUCUCUCCGUCAGUGUGAACGGUGCUAUGCUCACGCUUGUCGUCACGGCUCUUGUUGCGUCCUUUUUUUGA